UAUCAUUCCUGAAGAAAGAAGCCGAAAGAAACAUAAAUACCAUGGCGUCCCAACAACAGCCUGGUGGAGUUGCUCCUCAGGGUGGUCCACAUCAGCCAGCAGGUCUUCAGCAACCUCAGCAACAGCUUAGUCAACAACAGGACUUUGAUCCUGUUCACCGUUUUAAAAUGUUAAUACCACAACUAAAGGAGAGCCUUCAGAAUGUCAUGACCAUUGCCUCUUUGAACUUUCAACACAACACAGCAAUUGACAAUGGGAUCAAAAGCAAUGAUGCUGCGGUACAGCGUUUUGAUAAAAGCCUUGAGGAGUUCUAUGCUCUGUGUGACCAGGUUGAACUCUGCUUGCGGCUUGCCCAUGAGUGCCUUUCUCAGAGCAUCGACAGUGCCAAACACUCACCUAACCUGGUCCCCACAGCCACCAAGCCAGACACAGUGCAGACCGAAUCUUUGUCCUACUCCCAGUACCUCAGUAUGAUUAAAUCACAGAUAUCUUGUGCAAAGGACAUCCAUAAUGCUCUGCUGGAGUGCUCAAAGAAGAUAUUGUCUAAGAACCAGCAACAAGGGAUCAUGUGAUUAUGGACAUGUACAGAACAAAGUGGUUUUUUUUUUCUUUUUUUCUCAUAGUUGUUUAUUUACAUUGUCAGUUUUUCAAAUAAAAAAUAAAGCACACAGAGAUGUAAUUGUACAUAUUCUACUCUUGUACUGAACCUGUGCGUCUUAUUCUUUGCCAAGACAAAUACUACGCAGUUAGUACAGUACAGUUCCUCACAAGGUGACAUUCUGAUAAAAACAAAUAUUGAAGGACUGUUGAUUUGCCUCCCUUCCAUAGUCUUAUGACUUAACAUUGUAUAGUUUAAAGAACCACUUGUAGUAGUCUAAUUGGUGUUUUGGGUGAUUAUUAUGAACGGUGACCUUAUGGUGCUUCAGACAACUGAAUACCCCUGUCCCUACUUAUCUUUAUAGAUCUACUGAUUUGUUACGCUUAUGAUAUAAUGGAAGCAUUAGUAACCUAGCGGUAGUGUUGGAAGUAGUUUCAAGGACAAUCCUCGUGGUCGAGCAACUCGUUCAAGAAUCAGAUGACGUCACCCCCACACAAGUUUGAAGAUUAUCGUUCAGCCUUCUCAAACAGUUGCACAGCGCACUUUACACAUUUCACUUUCUCCAGCCGCUUUCGCUCUUACUGUGCUUCCCGUUUGGUAUUUGUGGCAUUUGACUGAUUUUGUGCAGCAAACGCCACAUUUGGUCUAAAAAAAACCCUGCGGGCUCAAUUUUCAGCUAGCUUACUUUUGAAUCUUAAGCCUG